AGUAAGUAUUGUCUUAUAUCGACUUGAACUUAAAGUACGAAUUAAUAGCGUAUAGAUUCGGAAUAAACAUCACAAAUAAUACAGAAGUGUUUUUAAGUGUGAAAUAGAUUACAAAAAAGUAUAUGAAACAUAAUUUUAAAUCAAUGUACUUAGAUUCAUAUAAAACAUCUAACUUACUACAUAGCAAGGUCAGUUGGUGGUAGGAGACACAUCUGAAGUUAAUUAAAGUUACUUUACAAUUGUAAAAAACGUUAUCUUCUUUGCACUAAAUGCAAAAUCAGCAUUGAAACGGCGGAAAAAAGUCGAACAAAGUGGAUUCUCAUUUGUAUUAGUUGUUUCGCGUGCUCUAAGUUCAACGAGUUAUCAGUUACUGGUUGAUGGGUCAAAUCAUUUGCUGUUAAUCAGAUGUUAGAAGGAAGUGCUGAACAUCGUGAAUUCUGAAAAAACGCUCGUGAUACAGAUAAUAAUUUAUUAUCAUAAGGUCGUCAGUCCUAACAAUUACGCCUGAUAUAUUUGUGAAGACAGCUACAAAAGAUCAUUCAGUCGUUCAGUUAAAGUAACAGAAUAAGAAGUUACAAAUUUGACGGAAGCCUAGGGACGAGAUCAGGAUGAUGGAAAAUUUAAUUAGUGAACCUCAGUGGAUUUUAGACCGAAAGGGAUCAGGGCCUCUGUUUUGGAGGAGGACUAGCAUAAGCAGAAAAAACCAAAGAGUGAAGUUCCGACACGACGUGGAAGUCCUUGAGUUCUGCCGCAGCGAGCACGAAAUGGAAACUUUUCUCCAACAGCAACAACCAGAAGAACAAGAGGAGUCGAACACGAUCUCGAUGGGAAUGACGGCCAUUGUUUGUCUUAUGGUUACGGUCCUUCUGCCGUGGUACUUGAUAGGAGUUGAGUGAAAAAUGAACGAAAUGUGAGAGCUUAAGACACUAUUUUCCUUCAUUCCUUUUUAUAUAUCUUUAAUACGUGUAAACAUACAUUUACUAUAGUACCGUGAGCAAAAGUUAUUUGCUGCAAACAAAACUAUAAAGGAAUUACACAAAAUUUCCUUUUACAUUUACAGAGCAGUUAAAUUUCAUCAUAAUCAUAAGGUCGUCAGUCAGUUAAAUCUGCAGGAUAAUAAUUAUUGUAAAUUAAAUGUAUUGAAAAUACGUUUCUAUUUCGUUCUCAACAUAA